ACAGAUGGCAUCAAGUGAUUUUGAACCCCUUGCACUACCAGAACCAACAUAUGGUAUGGGUUUAGAACCAAUUGUUGGAGCAAACAUAUGUCAACAUUCGGACUUAAGCCUAGUUGCCAAAGUUAAACAUGCAUUAGGAAAAGCAUCUUUCACGAAGCUUCAAUCUUCCUUCCUUGGGCACAUCAUCGAACUUUCGGCCAGAGACAUCAGAUUUUCUGGGAAAAUAUUCCACUACUUGAUGCUGAGAAGGCUGAAGACAAGAGGGAGAAACUUAUGGUUUACAGUCGACAUGCAACCUCUUCGGUUCUCCUUGAGAGAGUUCUUCCUUACAACAGGGAUUCAAUGCGAACCUAUUCAUAGAGAACCAAGGAAUAACGGCAAAGAUCCAAUUAGUGAACCAUAUUCUUGGGCGGUGAGAGGAGAUUACACUUUAACUCAACUUCAAUAUCGACUAUUUAAUGAACCAGAAGAGGGUGAAGAACCUUUGGAUGACAAGGAAAAGGAAUGCCUCGCUGCAGUGGUAUUAACAGAAGGUAUUUUGAUGACACCAUAUUCAUUAGAGAAGAUACCUCUGUCUAGGCUUAAGCAUGCAUCGGAUUUCGAGAUGUAUACAGCCCAACCAUGGGGCAAGGAAGCGUAUAACAUUCUCGCCACAUGCAUUCAGAAAUUCGAUAAAGAUUCUUGGUCAAAAGGUCAGUAUAGUGUCAAGGGAUUUCCCAUGGCAUUAUAUAUAUGGGCCUUGAGUGCUGUUCCAAUUUUUGGUGAUACAUUUGCGAGAAGAUGUAAUUUUUCCAGAACAUUUUAUCCACUGAUUCUCAACUGGCAAUCAAGUCGAUAUGCAAGGUUUGAUGAUAUUGUUAAAGCUAUUAAGAAAGCAACUUGUUCAUCGGGUGAAGCCUUCCGCGAGCGCCAUCUUCUUGAAGGCCCAUGUGCCUUUAUAGAGGACAUGAUGUCCAGAGGCUCCGGAUUGCCAAUCGAAAGGCUAGAGGCCUUACAACGGGUACGAGAUUUCUGUCGAAUUGCGGUGAACGAACUCGCAGUGGAGGAACCAUUGGAGACUGACAUAUCUGGCCCAGCUCCCGUUCUGCGAUUGCAGGACCGUCCAGAACGCUAG